AUGCAGUGCUCGCCCACGCACGCGGGCUGCCGCUCGCGCCACCUGGCGCAGCUGCUCCCAGCUGGCUCGCGACCCCGCCCCCUCGGAGCGCGUUCCGCGCCGAUCCGGCUGAGCCACGGCCACGGCAAAGUGCGAUGCGCCUCACCUCACAGUGCGCGGCGUCGGGUAGCGCCCUCACACGUCUCGUGCGGGGCGUGCUCGACCCAGAGGCCCGCGCACAACGCGUUCUGGCGGCCGUCGGACCCGCGCAGCGUCCUCGGGCGACGGCGAUGUGGGUGCGCCGCGGAACCUCUGGGCCGUGCCGCGGCGGAAGUCGUGGUCAGCGACGAAGAAACGGACGCGCAGAGCUCCGGCGGGACGUGCUCGAAUCACGACCACCACCACCACCACGAUCACGGCCACGGCCACGCGCACGGGCACAGCCACGGCGCGGCGGCCGUUGAGGCCACGGACACCUGCUGCGGGCACGACCACCACGCCCACCAUCACGACCAUCACGACCACGCGCACAGCCACGGCGCAGAGGACGCGUGCGGCGUCACGCACUCGCACGACGGCCACGGCCACUCGGACUGCUGCGGGCACAGCCAUUUCGGCGCCACGGACACGCCGUGGAGCCGCCUCGUCACGCGCGCCCUCAAGCCCACGGGCAUCCUGGCGGUCUGCGAGCGCCUCUCGCACGGCCUGACGCCGCCCCUCGUCGCAGGCGGCCUGCUCGCGGCGUCGACGGUGCUCGGCAUGAGCGCCGGCGCCCUCGACGGCUCCCUCGCCACCGCGGCCGCCGUCACCGGCGCUGCCGCGUUCUACGGGUGCUGGGCGAUCGUCGGCACGCCCGCCGCGGUCGACGCGAUCUACGGCAUCGGCGAGGGCCGCACGGACGUGCACGUCCUCAUGACGCUCGCCGCCGUCGGCACUGUGUUCAUGGACUGCGCCAACGAGGGCGCGCUGUUGCUGGUGCUGUUCGCGCUCGCGCACGCCCUCGAGGACUCGAUCACGGGGCGCGCACAGGGCGACCUGUCCGAGCUGCUGCGCAGCACGCCGCCGCAGGCCACGCGCGUGACGGUCGGCGCGGACGGCAGCCCGGACAUGGCGACUGCGGUGGUCGUGGACACGCAGGACAUCGCGGUGGGCGACACGUGCCUGGUCCGCGCGGGCGAGAACGUCCCCGUGGACGGCCGCGUCGUGUUCGGGCAGGCGUCGGUCACGAGCGCGCACGUGACGGGCGAAGCGGCGCCGCGGACGGCGCGCCCGGGCACCGAGGUGUCCGCGGGGUCCACGAACGAGGACGGCGUGCUGCUGAUCGAGGCCACGCGGCUCGCGAGCGACUCCACGCCCGCGCGCAUCGCGCGGAUGACCGAGCAGGCGCAGGGGCGCCGCCCGAAGGUCGAGCGGUGGAUCGACGGCUUCGGCGCCAACUACAGCCGCGUGGUGCUGUUCCUGACCGUCGCGAUCGCCGUGGCCGAGCCGCUCUUCGGCGUGCCGUGGCUGAACACCCCCGCGGCCGCGGCGGGCGCGGUCGGCGCGGGGGCGGCCACGAAGGGCAGCAUCUACCGCGCGCUCGGCUUCCUGGCCGCCGCGGCGCCGUGCGCGCUGACGGUCGCGACGCUGCCGUACGCGGCGUCGAUCUCGCUGCUCGCGAAGCGCGGCGUGCUCAUCAAGGGCGGCGAGGUGCUGGACGCGCUGUGUGACGUCACGGACGUGGCGCUCGACAAGACGGGAACCAUCACCACCGGUCGCCUGGAGUGCACGUCGUUCCAGGAGGUCCCCCUCGGCCCCACGCACGCCGCGACGCUCUCCCUGGGCUCCGCGUGGUCGGCAGCGGUCGCCCUCGCGCGCUUCUCGAACCACCCGGCCUCGCUCGCCAUCGCGGCGCGCGGCAUCGAGGCCGGCCCGCCCGAGCCCCUCGGGAGCGGCGACGUGGCCGUCGACAGCACCCUCACGGCCUCGCUCGACGAAGUCCGCACCGUCCCGGGCGCCGGCAUCGAGGGCGGGAUCUGCAUCCGCCCGGGCGACGACGUGAAAGCCUCCCUGGGGUCCCUCACGUGGGCGGCGUCGAAACUCGGCCCGGACGCCGCCGCGGCGCUGCACGCGUGGAGCGAGAACCGCCCCGCGCCGGGCCUGCGGUCGGUCCUCGUGCUCGAGCGCGCGGGCCACGCGCCGCAGGCCUACGUCGUCGACUUUGAGGACGAGGUCCCGCGCGGCGCGACGGACGACGUGGCCGCGCUCGAGCGGCUGGGCCUGGACAUCUGCAUGCUGUCUGGCGACCGCGAGGCGUCGGUCGCGGGCGUGGCGCGGCGCGUGGCGAUCCGGCGCGUCAAAGGCGCCAUGUCGCCCGAGGACAAGCUGGGCGAGGUGGCGGCGCUGCAGGGCGAGGGGCGGCGCGUGCUGAUGGUCGGGGACGGGAUCAACGACGCGCCUGCGCUGGCGACGGCGUCCGUGGGCGCGGCCGUCGCGGAGACGCCCAACACGGCGGCGACGGCGGCGUCGGACGUGGUGCUGCUGCGGCGCGGGGGGGUCUCGCGGCUGCCGGCGCUGGUGCAGGCGGCGCGGCGGUGCCGGCGGCUCGUGCAGACGAACGUCGGGAUCGCGAUGGUGUCGAUUUUGGUGGCGGCGGUCCCCGCGGUGGCGGGCUUUGUGCCGCUCUGGCUGGCGGUGCUGCUGCACGAGGGCGCGACGGUGCUCGUCGCGCUAAACAGCUUGCGCGCACUCUCGCUGGACUAG